AUGAUGAAACAUUUUGAAACAGACAAGGUACUACCUGAACAACCUUUGGCGCUAUUUGAUGAUGUCAUGCGUUGUAAUUGAGUUGUAUAUCCUCUCUCCUCAGGUAAAAUGUUCAAGUCCCUGGACCUGUCGCUGAUUGUGGAGUUUAUGCUAAUGUUCUACAAGGACAAGCCCAUUGACUGGCUGCUGGACCACAUAAUGUGGGUCAAGGUGUGCAACCCAGAGAAGGACGCGGUAAGUUCACCCCACCCCCAUGGUAAACCUAGGCCCAGUUCUAAGUACACCUUUCAUUAAUUCCGUGUGGUAACCACUGUCCUAAAACAAGUUUUCCUUUGGAUGCAGUCAUGUUAGAUCAGUGAUUACUUCAAGGGAAGGAGGAAAGAAGGAUGUAUUACACAUUAUCCAAGCAGGGAGCUACAGGUUACUGCAAAAAUAAAGGAAACACUUGAGUAAAUGAGGGAUACAUAGGCUGCAUUGACACAGGCAGCCCAAUUCUGAUAUUUUUUUCCACUAAUUGGUCUUUUGACCAAUCACAUCAGAUCUUUUCACAUCAGAUCUUUUUCAGAGCUGUUCUGAUUGGUCAAAAGACCAAUUAGUGAAAACAAUAUCAGAAUUGGGCAGCCUGUGUAAACGCAACCAGAGUAUAUUGAAAAUAGGUGCUUCCACACAGAUGGGGUCCCUGAGUUAAUUAAGCAAUUAACAUCCCAUCAUGGUUACGGUCAUGUAUAAAAAUGCCCAUUUCGCCAAUAUUAUGGCUACCAUGGCUAAAAGAAGUUAUCUCAGUGAAUUUAAAAGAGGGUUCUCAAAGGAGCAUAGGGGAUUUAAGGGUGUGUGUGUUUCACCAGAUCUCAACCCAAUUGAACACUUAUAGGGGAUUCUGAGGAGUGCCUGACACAGCGUUUUCCACCACCAUCAACAAAACACCAAAUUAUAGAAUUUCUCAUGGAAGAAUGGUGUUCGCAUCCCUCCAACAGAGUUCCAAACACUUAUAGAAUCUGUGCCACGGUGCAUUGAAGCUGUUCUGGUGGCUCGUGGUUGCCCAACUUCCUAUUAAGACACUUUAUGUUGGUGUUUCCUUUAUUUUGGCAGUUACCUGUACAUACACUACAUGGCCCAAAGUAUGUGGAUGUCGAACAUCUCAUUCCAAAAUUAUGGGCAUUCAUAUGGAGAUGGUCUCCCCUGCUGCUAUAACAGCCUCCACUCUUCUGGGAAGGCUUUCCACUAGAUGUUGGAAACUUGCUGUGGGGACUUGCUUCCAUUCAGCCACAAGAGCAUUAGUGAGGUCGGGCACUGAUGUUGGGCGAUUAGGCCUGGCUCGCAGUCGGCAUUCCAAUUAAUCCCAAAGAUGUUCGAUGGGGUUGAGGUCAGGGCUUUGUGCAGGCCAGUCAAGUUCUUCCACACCGAUCUCGACAAACCAUUUCUGAAUGGACCUCGCUUUGUGCACGGGGGCAUUGUCAUGCUGAAACAGGAAAGGGCCUUCCCCAAACUGUUGCAACAAAGUUGGAAGCACAGAAUCAUCUAGAAUGUCAUUGUAUGCUGUAGUGUUAAGAUUUCCCUUCACUGGAAGUAAGGGGCCUAGCCAGAACCAUGAAAAAUUGCCCCAGACCAUUAUUCCUCCUCCACCAAACUUUACAGUUGGCACUAUGCAUUGGGGCAGGUAGCGUUCUCCUGGCAUCCGCCAAACCCAGAUUCGUCCAUCGACUGCCAGAUGGUGAAGCGUGAUUCUUCACUCCAGAGAACGCGUUUCCACUGCUCCAGAGUUCAAUGGUGGCAAGCUUUACACUACUCGAGCCGACACUUGGCAUUGCGCAUGGUGAUCUUAGGCUUGUGUGCAGCUGCUCGGCCAUGGAAACCCAUUUCAUGACGCUCCCAACGAACAGUUAUUGUGCUGACGUUGCUUCCAGAGGCAGUUUGGAACUCGGUAGUGAGUGUUGCAACCGAGGACAGACAAUUUUUACGCGCUACGCACUUCAGCGGUCUCGUUCUGUGAGCUUGUGUGGCCUACAACUUCGCGGCUGAGCCGUUGUUGCUCCUAGACGUUUCCACUUCACAAUAACAGCACUUACAGUUGACCGGGGAAGCUCUAGCAGGGCAGAAAUUUGACGUACUGACUUGUUCAAAAGAUGGCAUCCUAUGACGGUGCCACGUUGAAUGUCACUGAGCUCUUCAUUAAGGCCAUUCUACUGCUAAUGUUUCUCUAUGGAGAUAGCAUGGCUGUGUGCUCGAUUUUAUACAACUGUUAGCAACGGGUGUGGCUGAAAAAGCUGAAUCCACUCAUUUGAAGGGGUAUACACAUACUUUUGGCCAUGUAGUGUAUAAAUACUAUGCCUUUCAAUUGCUCUUGCCAAAAUGGUCUCAGUCUCCCACACACUCAUACUCUCUUUCCCUCCUACUCUUUCUUUCUCAACUCUCCCGUCUGUCACAAACACAGAAACACUGCGACAGACAGAAGGCCAACCUGAGGAUUCGCUUCAAGCCCUCACUCUUCCAGCAUGUGGGCACCCACUCCUCCCUGGCCGGCAAGAUCCAGAAACUCAAG